GUUCGAAAUUAUUUCAAGGUCGAAUUGCAAAAAAUAAUUAAACAAAACUUGUCAGUUAUUUAAAACAACCCUGUGUAUUGAAAGAAAUUUAUCCUGAUAAUUCGAUAUUAGUUGCCAAUAAAAGAGAAAAUAUUAUAUUUAUAUUUAUAAUUAUUUAUAAUAUAUGGUAUUAUUAUGGUAAUCACAAUUUGGUAAGGCGAUCAGGCUAUUUUAAAUCCGCCCUGCGUAACCUUGACGAAAAUCAAUAAAAGUUGAGCGCCCUUGAUGGUUAAUUCGCGUAGCAAACGUGGUACACAAUUUCGCUUCGUUCAGGAAGUUAAAUUGCUUUGUAAAGAUACGGUGUGCGGUGAUGGUCGAUGAUGUUGUAUGCCUAUAGCAAUUAGCUUGUGAAAAAAGGUGAUUCAGGAGGAAUAUAGAUCAUUUCUAAAGUUACAUACCAAACGUGCAAUUGUUGUGUCAAUGACAUGGAAAAAAUCUCCGUAGCCUACAAUUAAUAUACUAAAUCUGAUCAUGGGUGGCGUGGUGAUGGUAAAAUUAGAUGGAUUGGCACUGUCUUUCCAAAUUUCCUAAUUUUUAUUUGCAUUAUAACAUAUCAGUUAUUUAUGUUGCUGCCAGAUUCCAACAAGCACGAUGAAAUAAGGCUCCUCCAUCAAGAACAUAAGUUGAUUCCUUCCUAUGGACGAUUCCUUUACUGUCUUACCGAGGAUUGCUUUGUUUGUCUAUAUUUAAACUACAAUGUCGGUGCAGGGGUUAGCUCGUAUUUAAAGAACUUGGUUAAAUCUUUUGUUCAAUCAAUCAGCAUGGUCGUUGAAAUAAAAUGUUCGGAUCCACAUGGACUGAAUUAUCAUUUAUCUUGACAGUUUGAAGCAAUAAUGCAAGAGUUUUCACCUGUUUUGAACGCUUUAUUGUGAGACGUCGAGACUGCCUUGAAUUUCGGAACCAACCUUUUCUGCUUGAUCACAGAACUGAUUAUUGGCAAAACAAUUGCAAAACAAGUUAUUGAUGUGCUAAACACCGUUUUUUUUGGGGAAAAACAAAACAAAACGGAAAACAUCAGAAGAAACAACAAGAUCCACCCGUCAACUUCAGUCAAAUGUGAAAAUUGUUACAUUAGACAUAGGAGCAUGGCAUUAUUGCCAUGCUGUGUUAGAGGUGAUCAGGACGACCCACACACGGAACAUAGUUUGCUUAUCGAUGCUUUGCUAGAGAAAGAUCGAAAACUGUACCGUGUUACACAUAGAUUACUAUUGUUGGGUGCUGCCGAAAGUGGGAAAAGCACCAUUGUAAAACAAAUGCAGAUUAUAAACUUGAAAGGAUUUAGUAUUGAAGAGCGCCAAAAGUACAUAGCUUCAAUUUAUAGCAAUGUUCGAGAAGCUAUGGUUGCGAUUCUAGGUGCUAUGAAGAUCAUAAUCCCUCCAAUUACGUUCGAACAUGAAUCAGAUGCUGCGAUUGCGACUAGAAUGCUAGACAGUUACUUUGACGGGGAAAAAUUUGAAUAUAACUCCCAGUUUUUUAAUGAUUGCCAAAAACUAUGGAGAACGGGGGAAGCGCAACUUUGUUACGAACGUUCAAACGAGUAUCAUUUAAUCGACAGUGCGAAAUAUUUUUUCGAUAAGUUACCCGAACUGCAGCAGGAAACCUACCUGCCUGACGAUCAAGACAUUUUGCGUUGCAGAAUUGUCACGACUCAAAUCCUGGAGAUUCAGUUCAAAGUAAAGGACGCCAUCUUCCACAUGUUUGAUGUUGGCGGUCAGCGAGAUCAACGACGCAAAUGGAUUCAGUGUUUUAACGAUGCUACCGCUAUUGUUUUCGUGACGUCACUUAGCGGAUUUAAUUUAGUGUUGCAAGAAGACGAGAACAAAAACCGUUUCCAAGAAAGCAUGGACUUGUUUAAACAAAUUUGGACUAAUCGUUUUCUGAAGGACGUAUCAGUGAUCCUUUUCUUAAACAAACAAGAUUUAUUACUUGAGAAAAUCACUGCUAACAAGUUUCAUAUCGAAGACUACUUUCCUACUUAUAAGUACUACCAGCCAAUAACUACUUCUAAAAAGGUCACUGCAAUAGAACCCCCGGAGUUCACUAAAGCAAAGUUUUUUUUUCGCGAUAGUAUUUUAUCUUUAACUAAAGAAUCGGACGAAACAACUAAGAAGUCGAGUUCGUCGUCUCGCCUAUGUUUUCCGCACUUUACCUGCGCCGUUGACACGAAUCACAUGAGAAAAAUAUUCGAAGAUUGUCGCACAGUGAUCCAGCGAAUCCACCUGGAACGAUUUGGUAUUAUUGCGAUGAAUAGUUGAUUUGCUUUUGUUUUAUUGUUCGAGAUUUUAAAACAAAACAAAUGGUUCGGAUCAGAUUAUUUUUAAUGUUAAAUUCUUAAACGUUCUAAAAACUCUAGCUACCUGCUGGUCUUGGUCUCAACUAGAUUUUGUGCAAAUAUUCAUUGAGCUAAGAAGCAAUUUUAUCGUAAUUUUAGCAAAAAAAAUUCUCAGUAGUAAUUAACCACCUCAUCCUGGUGCAGAAAAUUAUAUUUUUUUUCUAUUCUUACAGUCGGGGUAAUACAACUCUAUAAAUUUCGGAGAUAUUGGUUAUACAGAUGAUUUACGAUAAUUCGAGCAUUCAGUUAACUCGAACAAAAUCCUUUAUCCCGUAGGCAAUCUUCGUUUUCUGUAUUAAAAAUUUUCCAAUAAUUCGAUGUAUGCUAAAAAACAGCUAUUUGAUGUUUCUAUUCCGGAAUAUUUCAUUUAGGAAUUUCAAUAAAAGUAUGCGCAUUUCUUCCCUUGAAGUAUAUUUGCUUUCUUUUGUGCGAUAGUCGUGAAAACUUCUAGAACAUACGAAUAUAAGGCAUUUUGUUGUGCUACUUUUUUAUGGGAUUAAAAUUAUUUACGAGGAUAAUAAUACUUUUUGGUUAUAUGGACAGAGAUAGCCUUUUAGAGCAAUGACACUGUUUAUGUAGUUUGUUACAGUGUUUUUUUCAUGUGGUGUGAAGGGAACGGCUUGGGAGGUUUUUUAAAUAAUUUCUCAGUUUUGGCAGUCUUCAAGGCUAUGCAGCUAAAAUAAGGUAGCUUAUGAAUGGAAAAAGGCAUUAGUAACUAAGUUGUAUAUGUUUAAGUUUUAAAAAUUUAAAAGGUUUUUUUUUCAGUGUAUCCGUACUUGCUAAAAUUUACGACUCUUUUAAUAAGCAGUGUUGGUUAGACGGUGUAACGUAUUGAAUACAUUUGCUUAUGGGUCGCGGCAAGGGAUUGCCCUCUCCCCAAUUUCUUACUAGUUAAUGAUUUUUUUCAAAUAAAGUAUAUUUCAAAGUAAAAUAGAAACCAUUUUUUUUGGUUAUUAAUGUCUUUAAUUUCAUGAUAUAUCUUAGGCCUUUACACCUCUCCAUCACCCUAAUUUUAAAUCUCUCGUCACAAACUCUGUUGUUUAUUUGUUUGUGUGUGGAAUUAUUGUGAGUUUGCUGGCAAACUAGGAAAUACAUGUUAAACAUGUUGUAUAUGGUUUUUACUCUCCGUGUGUUCCCCGUAAUAUGUCGUUAUUCUUGUAGAUGUGCUCUCGUUAUUUACAAAAAACUGCAUUACAAACGAAAGUAUAAAGAUCUUCAUCACAGGUUGUGGAUAGGAAAUCUUUUAUAUUGAUCUACCCGUCUUUUUUCCACGGAUAUUAUUUUGGUUCUAGUCGUCAACCCGUGGUUAAAAUCCACGGGGUUGCCCGUCCUUUAUAUAUCGCAUUUCGUGUUUCCGUAACACGACGAUUUUCUCGCAGACACACUUUUUUGUCUAGUGUAGCGUCGAAGGGAGGCACGUGGCAGCGUGCAAUAAAUCCAAAACUGCUUCGGUGAUAAAACUUGGCAUACUUACAAGGUAUUAAUACAAACAGAUUCCAAGUAAGAAAAUAAUUUGAUAGUCACAGGAUUCAGAAAUGAUGUUACAUGUGCCUAAUUUGCCUACAAUAAAUUUGAAUUUCUCAAAAUACUCAUGCUACGACCUUGAUUUUUGGUAGAAUUAUUGAUUUUGUUUAAAAAUAUUAUUUUGAUAACGAUAACUUCUAGCAUAAUAAUGGCGGCGAAGAGAUCGCACGCGUUUUUUCUAGCUGGUUUGAUUGUUGGAAUUUAUUGUUGUUUUUGUGUAUUCAAACCAAGAUUUGUGAAACCAGAUGGAAUAAGUUUAACACUUAAUGUUCAAGACUACUACGACGAGAUUGGAGAAACGUUUACUUUCAGUUCAAUCCAUGUUUGUAAACAAAAACCUUGACCAACAGUAAGUUGUACAAGACGCAAAAGUUUGUUUAUAGUUUUACUACUCUUGUGUGGUGACAUAGAAACAUGUCCUGGUCUGAAAUGUGUUCAUCAAAAUAUUCUUGGGUUACUUUUAAACUUUUCCCACUUGGAAGCGUUAGUACACAAGCAUGAUUCAAAAAUUGACAUUAUAACCUUGUCUGAAACACAUAUUUUGAACGAGGAUUUUAGUGACAAUGAUGCUCUUUAUGAACUGUCUGGUUACACUUUGGUUAAAAGAAACAGAACAUCUGGAAAAGGAGGAGGCGUGGCUGUUUAUGUCAAAAACAAUAUUAAUUUUAAGCAAAGGCUGGAUUUAGAAAAUUCAACUUUGAGUCUCUGUGGCUUGAAAUUUUUAUUAAAAAAUCGAAAUCAAUUUUAGUAGGGUGUUUCUAUCAACCUCCAGAGGGUUCAAAGUACUUACCAUCUAAAUAUAACGAAACAUUUGACGAUCAUUUAAAUUGUAUCAAUCAAGAAAAUAAGGAAACUAUACUCAUGGGAGAUUUCAAUGUGGACUAUAAUGUUACAAACGUCAAUAAAGAUUUUAAAUCUACAAUUAAUGUGCAUGGUUUUAAACAACUUAUCAAUAAACCCACAAGAACGUCUUCUACGUCAUCAACGACAAUUGAUUUAUUUUUCACUAAUUGUCCCGACAAUGUUCACUGCACUGACGUAUUCCCAACUUCGCUGAGCGAUCACGAUAUGGUUGGUGGAAUACGUAGGAUACACAACAUCAAGCAUCCUAUGCGAACUCUGAAGUGCCGUAAUUACACUAACUACGUUCCUGAAAACCUUUUUUAUGACGUCUCCUAAAUUGACUGGCGCCCUGUAUACGACGCCAGUGAUGUAAAUUCUGCAGUUACGUAUUUUAACUCGAAGCUAAGAGAUUCUUUUGAUAAACACGCCCCGUUAAUCGAAAA